AUGCACCUCAAGACCUCCUGCUCUGUUGUCCUUAUCGCCUCCUUCAUGGCCCUGUCCACUCAGGCGGCGCCCCUGUCGACGGAUCCCACCCAGGUCACCAUGACUGUGGUCCCAACUAUGCCUGGACAGUCUACUCAAGCUAUGGCCCAAGUCUCCAAUCCUACGGCCCCCUCUGAUGUCAAGACUUCCGACCCCAUGGCCUCCGCUGUUACUCCGGUCGACGCGGGCGAGAACUCCAAAUGGGGAUUCGGGGGUUGGGGUGGUUUGGGUGGCUGGGGAUGCGACUGGUGGAGUCUCCCUUGGUGGUACAACCGCGGCUGGUGGUGUUAG